AUGAGCUUCACCGCAAACUCGGUUUUCUUCACCCUGAAGGUGAGCGUCCUGCUGGGGUCGCUGCUGGGGCUCUGCCUGGGCCUCGAGUUCAUGGGCCUCCCCAACCAGUGGGCCCGCUACCUCCGCUGGGAUGCCAGCACGCGCAGUGACCUGAGCUUCCAGUUCAAGACCAAUGUGUCCACGGGGCUGCUCCUUUACCUGGAUGACGGUGGCGUCUGUGACUUCCUCUGCCUUUCCCUGGUGGACAGCCGCGUGCAGCUCCGCUUCAGCAUGGACUGUGCAGAGACCGCUGUGCUGUCCAACAAGCAGGUGAACGACAGCAGCUGGCACUUCCUGAUGGUGAGCCGCGACCGCCUGCGCACGGUGCUGGUGCUCGACGGCGAGGGCCAGGCGGGCGAGCUGCAGCCUCAGCGGCCCUACAUGGAUGUGGUCAGUGACUUGUUCCUGGGCGGAGUCCCCGCCGACAUUCGACCUUCUGCCCUGACCCUGGAUGGAGUACAGGCCAUGCCCGGCUUCAGAGGAUUAAUCCUGGAUCUCAAGUAUGGCAACUCAGAGCCUCGGCUUCUGGGGAGCCAGGGUGUCCGGUUGGAUGCCGAGGGACCCUGCGGUGAGCGUCCCUGUGAAAAUGGCGGGAUCUGCUUUCUCUUGGAUGGCCACCCCACCUGUGACUGUUCCACCACCGGCUAUGGAGGCAAGCUGUGCUCGGAAGAUGUCAGUCAAGGUCCAGGCCUGUCCCAUCUCAUGAUGAGCGAACAAGGUAGAAGUAAAGCCCGGGAGGAGAACGUGGCUACUUUCCGAGGCUCCGAGUACCUGUGCUACGACCUGUCUCAGAACCCGAUCCAGAGCAGCAGUGAUGAAAUCACCCUCUCCUUUAAGACCUGGCAACGGAAUGGGCUCAUCCUGCACACGGGCAAGUCGGCCGACUAUGUCAACCUGGCUCUGAAGGAUGGCGCGGUCUCCUUGGUCAUUAACCUGGGGUCCGGGGCCUUUGAGGCCAUCGUGGAGCCAGUGAAUGGAAAAUUCAACGACAACGCCUGGCAUGAUGUCAAAGUCACGCGUAACCUCCGGCAGCACUCAGGCAUCGGACACGCUAUGGUGACGAUCUCUGUGGAUGGCAUCCUUACCACGACGGGCUACACUCAAGAGGACUACACCAUGCUGGGUUCAGAUGACUUCUUCUACGUGGGAGGAAGCCCAAGUACCGCUGACUUGCCAGGCUCACCUGUUAGCAACAACUUCAUGGGCUGCCUUAAAGAGGUUGUUUAUAAGAAUAAUGACAUCCGUCUGGAGCUGUCUCGCCUGGCCCGGAUCGGGGACACCAAGAUGAAAAUCUAUGGUGAAGUUGUAUUCAAGUGUGAGAAUGUGGCCACGCUGGACCCCAUCAACUUCGAAACCCCAGAGGCAUACAUCAGUUUGCCCAAAUGGAACACCAAACGCAUGGGUUCCAUCUCCUUUGACUUUCGCACCACUGAGCCCAACGGCCUGAUUCUCUUCACUCAUGGCAAGCCCCAAGAGAGGAAGGACACUCGGAGCCAGAAGAACACCAAGGUGGACUUCUUUGCUGUCGAACUCCUCGAUGGCAACCUAUACCUGCUGCUUGACAUGGGCUCAGGCACCAUCAAAGUCAAGGCCACUCAGAAGAAAGCCAAUGAUGGGGAAUGGUACCACGUGGACAUUCAGCGAGAUGGCAGAUCAGGUACCAUAUCAGUGAACAGCAGGCGCACGCCAUUCACCGCCAGCGGGGAGAGUGAGAUCCUGGACCUGGAGGGGGACAUGUAUCUGGGCGGGCUACCGGAGAACCGUGCCGGCCUCAUCCUCCCCACUGAGCUCUGGACUGCCAUGCUCAACUACGGCUAUGUGGGCUGCAUCCGUGACCUGUUCAUUGACGGGCGCAGCAAGAACAUUCGACAGCUGGCGGAGAUGCAGAACGCUGCGGGCGUCAAGUCCUCCUGUUCGCGGAUGAGCGCCAAGCAGUGCGAUAGCUACCCCUGCAAGAACAACGCAGUGUGCAAGGACGGCUGGAACCGCUUCAUCUGCGACUGCACGGGCACUGGCUACUGGGGAAGGACCUGUGAAAGGGAGGCAUCUAUCCUGAGCUACGAUGGCAGCAUGUACAUGAAGAUCAUCAUGCCCAUGGUCAUGCACACCGAGGCAGAAGAUGUCUCCUUCCGCUUCAUGUCCCAGCGAGCUUAUGGGCUGCUGGUGGCUACUACCUCCAGGGACUCUGCGGACACCCUGCGUUUGGAGCUGGAUGGGGGGCGUGUCAAGCUCAUGGUUAACUUAGACUGUAUCAGGAUAAACUGUAACUCCAGCAAAGGACCCGAGACCCUGUACGCGGGGCAGAAGCUCAAUGACAACGAAUGGCACACCGUCCGGGUGGUGCGGAGAGGAAAAAGCCUUAAGUUAACCGUGGACGACGAUGUGGCUGAAGGUACGAUGGUGGGGGACCAUACCCGCUUGGAAUUCCACAAUAUCGAGACCGGAAUCAUGACGGAGAAACGCUACAUCUCCGUCGUCCCGUCCAGUUUCAUUGGCCACUUACAGAGCCUCAUGUUCAAUGGCCUGCUCUACAUUGACCUGUGCAAAAAUGGCGACAUUGAUUACUGCGAACUGAAGGCUCGUUUUGGACUGAGGAACAUUAUCGCUGACCCCGUCACCUUCAAGACCAAGAGCAGCUACCUGAGCCUGGCCACGCUCCAGGCCUACACCUCCAUGCACCUCUUCUUCCAGUUCAAGACCACCUCAGCUGACGGCUUCAUUCUUUUCAACAGCGGCGACGGCAAUGACUUCAUUGCAGUUGAGCUGGUCAAGGGGUACAUACACUACGUGUUUGACCUUGGGAAUGGUCCCAACGUGAUCAAAGGCAACAGUGACCGCCCCCUGAAUGACAACCAGUGGCACAAUGUCGUCAUCACCCGGGACAACAGUAACACCCACAGCUUGAAAGUGGACACUAAGGUGGUCACUCAGGUUAUCAACGGGGCCAAAAAUCUGGAUUUGAAAGGUGACCUCUACAUGGCAGGUCUGGCCCAAGGCAUGUAUAGCAACCUUCCCAAGCUGGUGGCUUCCCGGGAUGGCUUCCAGGGCUGUCUGGCAUCUGUGGAUUUGAACGGGCGUCUGCCAGACCUCAUCAACGAUGCCCUCCAUCGGAGUGGACAGAUCGAGCGUGGCUGCGAAGGACCAAGUACCACCUGCCAGGAAGAUUCAUGUGCCAACCAGGGGGUCUGCAUGCAGCAGUGGGAAGGCUUCACCUGCGACUGCUCCAUGACGUCAUAUUCCGGAAACCAGUGCAAUGAUCCUGGCGCUACGUACAUCUUUGGGAAAAGCGGAGGCCUCAUCCUCUACACCUGGCCGGCCAAUGAUCGGCCCAGCACGCGUUCGGACCGCCUGGCUGUGGGCUUCAGCACCACCGUGAAGGAUGGCAUCUUGGUGCGCAUCGACAGUGCUCCGGGCCUCGGCGACUUCCUCCAGCUUCACAUAGAACAGGGGAAAAUUGGAGUUGUCUUCAAUAUUGGCACCGUUGACAUCUCCAUCAAGGAGGAGAGAACCCCCGUCAAUGAUGGUAAAUAUCACGUGGUGCGCUUCACCAGGAACGGCGGCAACGCCACACUCCAGGUGGACAACUGGCCAGUGAAUGAGCAUUACCCCACAGGCAACACUGAUAAUGAACGCUUCCAAAUGGUAAAACAGAAAAUCCCCUUCAAAUAUAACCGGCCCGUAGAGGAGUGGCUGCAGGAAAAAGGCCGGCAGUUAACCAUCUUCAACACCCAGGCGCAAAUAGCCAUUGGUGGGAAAGACAAAGGACGUCUCUUCCAAGGCCAGCUCUCUGGGCUCUAUUAUGAUGGUUUGAAAGUACUGAACAUGGCAGCUGAGAACAACCCCAAUAUUAAAAUCAAUGGAAGCGUCCGGCUGGUGGGAGAAGUCCCGUCAAUCUUGGGAACAACACAGACAACCUCCAUGCCACCAGAAAUGUCUACCACUGUCAUGGAAACUACCACUACAAUGGCUACUACCACAACCCGCAAAAAUCGCUCUACAACUCUAAGGAAGUCACACACACAGCCAACAUCAGAUGACCUUGUUUCAUCUGCUGAAUGUUCAAGCGAUGACGAAGACUUCAUUGAAUGUGAGCCGAGUACAGGAGGUGAAUUAGUUGUCCCUCUUCUUGUAGAAGACCCUUUAGCUACCCCUCCUAUUGCUACUCGUGCACCUUCCAUUACACUCCCCCCUACCUUCCGCCCCCUCCUCACCAUUAUUGAGACCACCAAAGAUUCCCUGUCCAUGACCUCUGAGGCGGGGUUACCUUGCUUGUCGGACCAAGGCAGCGAUGGUUGUGAUGAUGAUGGCUUGGUGAUAUCUGGGUAUGGCUCAGGGGAAACCUUUGACUCUAACCUGCCCCCUACUGAUGAUGAAGAUUUUUACACCACCUUCUCCUUGGUAACAGAUAAGAGUCUUUCCACUUCAAUCUUCGAAGGUGGCUACAAAGCAUAUGCGCCCAAUAGGACUACUACCACAUCUUUGUCCCCUGAGCUGAUCCGCUUCACAGCUUCCUCCUCGUCUGGGAUGGUGCCCAAAUUGCCAGCUGGCAAAAUGAAUAACCGUGAUCUCAAACCCCAGCCUGAUAUAGUCUUGCCUCCGUUGCCCACUGCCUAUGAGCUAGACAGCACCAAACUGAAGAGCCCACUAAUUACUUCCCCCAUGUUCCGUAAUGUGCCCACAGCAAACCCCACAGAGCCGGGAGUCAGACGGGUUCCGGGGGCCUCAGAGGUGAUCCGGGAGUCGAGCAGUACAACAGGGAUGGUCGUCGGCAUUGUGGCUGCUGCUGCCCUCUGCAUCUUGAUCCUCCUGUAUGCCAUGUACAAGUACAGGAACAGGGACGAGGGGUCCUAUCAAGUGGACGAGACGCGGAACUACAUCAGCAACUCGGCCCAGAGCAACGGCACGCUCAUCAAGGAGAAGCAGCAGAGCUCGAAGAGCGGCCACAAGAAACAGAAAAACAAGGACAAGGAGUAUUACGUGUAAAA